GUAAGUCUGAACGUAAUGAACGUACUGUAAUUGACUUCAUAAUGGUAGAGUUGAUUCUAUCCUUAUGACAUAUGGGAAGACAGUCUAAAUUACCUAUGUAACUGAAGUCAUUAUAUAAUGCAAAUAAGGUUUCUUAAAAGUUGGUUGGGACAAUUUGAGCAUCCUGAAAAGUUGGUAGUUUUAUGUCCCUACCAUCCCUAUGCAACCUACGCCCUUGAACAAAAGUCAGUGAAAACCCAAAACAAACAUGACCAGGUUUAAAAGAGUGAAAAUACUGAAGAUGGCCACCACACUGUUCUUCUUUUGGGCCCUAGGCGGAUGCUCUGUAGAAGCCAACACUAUGAUUUGUUUUUAAUCUUCAUGUCAGUGGUUUGUCAUAGAGUCUAUGAGGAGUCGUUCAAGCUCACCACAGAGCGACAUCAAAGCACUCAGCAGUUAUUUUUACACAGUGACUGCAUGAUUGUGAUUUGGAGAGACACUGAGCUCAGUUCACAGCAUCCAUGCUAGGUUUGAGCUUUCUUUCUCACCCGACUUGGUAGUUCCUCUUAUUGUAAACAAAGAGAGUGAAAAACUAAAGCAAACCUAUGUGGAAUAAUGGAUUUUGUUUCUGAGUGUAACGAAGGAAAACAAAGUUCACAAAGUCAUCAAAGUGAUAAUCUGAAGCGGGAAAGUGGACGAAAGGAUGGCAACGCCGCAGUGCAGCUCCAGGCAGAGCAGCUCUCUUUCGUCUUCACCCAGCAGUAGCCGCCUGCAGUGCCUGCAGGUGGACUCGGUCCAACGCUGGAUGGAAGACCUCCGUCACAUGACAGAGGUAGAGUGCAUGUGCGUUCUGCAGGCCAAGCCCAUCGAGGUCGAGGAUGAUAUCCAGCAGGCCGAGCUGAUUGUGUCCGCUGCGGCGGGCACAGCGGCGGGGGAUCAUGUGGCACGCAACAACCUUCAGACACUUCUGCGAAGGGCCCUAGUGGUCAGCACUGAGCUGGGAAAGAUGUUCCAGCGACUGGAGAAGGGACGCUGGCAAAGGGUCCACAGCACAGCGGUGCGGGCAAACUGCCACGUGCGCUCCUUAGUCCACGAGUACAGUGCGGCACGCAGUACCCCGCCUGAGAUGCAGAAGUUUGAGACAUCUCUCCUGGAGAAGUGCAUGGAGCUGACGAAUAUCACUGAGAGGUGCCUACACACCGAAGACGAGUUUUUCUUGAAGUCCAUGAGGGAUGCCAUCCACGAGAUCCUGACUGAUGUUAGUGAUUCGUUCAGCAACAUGAUUGACUUGGCAUUAGCCAAUGAGAUCCAGGUUCUGAUCAAACAGAUUGAAUCUUCAGACAAUGUCCAAACUAUCAGCAGUGCCAUCAGUAACCUGCUGUCCCUAACCCAGGACGGGCCACAGCUCUGCAGCAUUAUAGCCAAGGAGGGAGCGGUGGUGUCGCUGUUUAAGAUUUGCCGCCAGGAUCGCUUCCAAGACCUCUACGCUCACGCUUUAAGAACCGUGGCCUCCAUUUGCUGUGUGGAGGAGGGCAUCAAGCAGCUGGAUAAGGUUGACGGCAUCCUGUGCCUGGCGGACAUAUUGACAGACAACGGCAGCGCGGAGGCAGCGAGGGCCGAGGCGGCGGCAGUAGUGGCGCAGAUCACCUCACCGCACCACACGUCCACACAGCACCUGGCCAGCUUUCUGGAGAGCAUGCAUGACAUCGUCACUGCACUCAUCAACCUGUGCGAGAGCGCCUCCUGUGGCGAGGUCUUCCUGCUGGCUUCUGCAGCCCUGGCCAACAUCACCUUCUUCGACAGCAUGGCCUGUGAGAUCCUGCUGCAGCUCAACGCUAUUCAUAUCUUGUUGCAGGCCUGCAAGGACCGCCAGCGGGUGGACACGCCCUACUCCAAGGAUCAGGUGGUGACCAUCUUAGCGAACCUCUCUGUCUUGGAGCAGUGCGCAAGUGAAGUCCUACAGGAGCAAGGCGUGGAGCGACUGCUGCUGCUUUUAGGUGAGAGGCCGUCCUCCUCUAGUCCUUCUGAGGGUGCAGCCUGCGAGCGUGUGCAGCAGAAGGCCGCUGUCACACUCGCGCGCCUUAGCCGGGACUCUGACUUGGCACAGGCUGCCAUCCAGCUCAAUGCCGUUCCUCGCCUCAUCGAGCUGUGCCGAUCCCCGACAGAGCGGAAUAACAGUGACUCUGUUUUGGUCGCUUGCCUGGCGGCCUUGAGAAGGCUGGCGUCUGGAUGUCCGGAAAGCAUCGAAGCCGCCGACCAUCAGCAGUUAAUCAAACCACGGCUGGUGGACUCCUUUCUAUUGUGUUCCAACAUGGAAGAGAGCUUUGUGUGAUGCUGAUGUGCUAACAUGCCAGACAAGAAAACAAUUUGUGUGGAGUUGUGUGUAUUCUCACAUCAGGACCAUAUUUUCAUGUCAAUAUUUUAUUUAUUUAUAUUGUGUAUACUAUGUUUAUUGCAGUCCAUGUACCAUAUAUUUUCUCCAUUUAUUAUCCAUUUAUUAUUAAAGUGCUUCAAGUUGAGGAAUGGUAUUAAUAGGUACAAUUCUGAGAAUUGGUUUUCAAGGGGGAAAAGUAUCAUCCAAAUAAAUGAUAACAUGAAUAGUAUGUUGUAUUUUUUAUUUAAGAAAAAAGAGCUAGUCCUACAAGAAUGAUGUCAGUUUCUAUGAUUACAAGAUUUUUUUUUAUACUCCAGAAAUAUUAAAUCAGUCCUAAUCAGACAAAUAAAAACAAAAUGCAGAUAUUUUGGGGAAAAUGGAAUCUUAUGAAAAUGAUUGAUUAAAGACAAAUUUGGGGUGGGGAAAAAGCUGAAUCUUACAAGACUAGACUAUUCUAUUUUACGUAGUUUUAUUGCCAUCUGGUGGAAUGUGUAAAUCUUUCCAGAGUAAAACCGUGAAAAGUAUUAAAUCAGACCACGAAAAUAAAGUCUUCUAUUCGGGACACAAAUCUUAAUAAUACUAAAAUAAUGGUGUACCUAAUUAAUUUUAUUAAUCAAAACAUCAAUGAGAUUUAGUUGUAAUAUUACAUACUGUAAAAGAAGAAGCACGUGCUACGUAUCUACAGUGGACAGCUGCCAAUUUGUAGUGUGGACCUGCGGUCACCUAUUCAGAUUUUUUGCCCUCUAAUAUUUAAAAUUUUAAAAAAGAUUUUAAACAUUACUUUUUCUAAAAUGUUAUUUAUUUUACAUUUGUAUUUUUAAGAGGAAAGAAAUAGCAAAAUGCUGAGUGUCGUUUAAUCAGCAUUUAUUAAAAGAUAGGGGUCAUUUAAAAAACAGGAAAAAUACUUUUUUCAUUUUCAAUGGCCCCUCAAUUAUAUCCUGUUUUAUGCUAUUUGCUCUCUCAAACAGUGGGGUCCACUGUAUAUCUUUACAGUUAAGAAGUUGCUGCCACCCUAGUUUGCACCGAUGAAAAAAAAAAGGCUUUAGUCAAUUUACUACCAUCAAUUAAGUAGUGGUGUCAGUUAGGAUCCUUAUAAUAAUAAUAUAAAAAACGAUUGUAUGAAGCUAAGCUUCUCUACAUCAGUUUGUGAAUGUCACUUGGGCAGUUUUUCAGUGUCUACAUAUGAUUUUGCAAACUGAUUCAAUAUGUGUACACAACAGUCAUAUGUUGUAAAAAGGAAUCGAUUUGUUAAGCACAAUUGAAUGUAAUUCGAUGAAAAUGUAAAAAAAAAAAAGUUCAGUAUGCCGUUUUGUAAAUUUUUGUUUAGUAAAAAAAAGUCAACAACACUCAUUCAGAUCACAACUGAUUGUAUCUUUUUAUUGCUUAAGGUCAAUUGGAACUUAUUGUGUUGAAUGUCUUCGAUCAAUUGAUCAAUUAAUUAAAUCAAUUGAUGGCCCUUGAAUCGAGUCAUCGUAUUGCAUCAUUGUCCAAUGAAUUGAUGAUGUAUUAUAUUAUCAUGAAAUGGCUCACUCAAAAAAUUUCUGCCACCACAACAAUACUUUUCUAGACCCGACCCUGUUUAUGAAGAUUCUGUGCAUGAUUUAUCCCGUUGCUUGUGUUUCAUACAUAAACUACACUUCACGUGUUUGCCAUCAAUAUUUGUCAUGAUUUACUGUAAUGAGUCUUUUCUUGUUGUUUGAAAAGAAUAAUUGUACUCAUCUAAUAAAGACAUGCAGCAGUGAAUCAUGGAGCUGUGUGAUAAGAU